UUUUGGAAGUACAGUACAACUAACAUCUAAUGGUUUUCGAUUCAGAAAUUCUCAACUACAAGGCAUAUGCCUAUAGUGAUGCCAACCAUCCCGUGGAAUUGGUUGAUGAUUCAAUCAAAUUAGUCAAGUCCGCCAGUGGCGAAGGUUAUACAGUCCCUGCAAACAACAUCCUCGUUAAGAUUCAUUAUGCGGCACUUAACCCCGUCGACAUCAAAUUGCACCACUUGGCAUUUGGAAUCACAUCAUUAUUCAACCCAAAAAAGGGGAUUGGCAAGGACUAUUGUGGGGAAGUAGUUGCUGUUGGAUCUGAAGCCAAUACCACUGUUAAAGUAGGGGAUUUCAUCCUGGGAUUGUAUUUCCCCGUUCAUGCCAAAGGUACAGUCAGCCAAUACCUUAUGCUAGAUACUACGAAGAAGGACGAAAGAGUUUUCACCACCGUUGCCUCAAACCUUUCCCUCGCCGAAUCCGCCAGUUGGCCAUCCGUGUUGGGAACCGCAAUGUGCAUGCUUAAAGGACUUGAAUUCAAGGAUAAAAAGGUACUUGUGUUGGGUGGGGCAACUUCGGUGGGAAGAAGUGUUAUUCAACUUUUGCGUAGUGGUGGUGCCAAGGAAAUAGUAGCUACCUGUUCUCCUCGUUCGGAAAAGAUUGUUAAAGAACUUGGGGCAGCUUCUACAAUCGACUAUCAUUCAAACUUGCUUAAUCCAGUGUUGGAAUCCGUUAAAAUGACAGGCGAGUUUAAUUAUGUUAUUGAUUGUUGUGGUGGUGAUGAUUUGUUUAGCAAUAUAUCAACAAUUUUACAAAAAGGAGGCACAUACAAUACCAUUGUUGGUGAUCGUUCAGGAUCCUCCGUUUAUAUCAUGCUUAUUUCGAUAUUUAUGGGAAUGUCUAGAGUCAUUGCUUCUAAGCUUGGAUUUCUCUCUUAUACCUACAAUUAUUUGUUUCUAGAUCCAGGGUUCAAUUUCCCCGAAGAAGCAAAGAAACUUCUUGAAAAUGGUGAUGUUAAAGUAGAUAUUGAUCAUAUUUACAAAUUUGAAGAAUUUAACGAAGGACUAAAGAAAUUGGAACUGGGAAAUUAUUCAGGUAAAAUUGUUAUCCAAAUCACAGAUCAUUAGAAUAAUACAAUUCUACUUAUAUAGCUUGUAUUUAGUUGAAACAUUGAAAUAGUUGAUUUCUUUCUCUCCUCGUAUUUUAACUCCAAUGAUCCACUCAUUCCUUUUUUUUUGUCAUAGGUCUCUCAAUGCUAUAUACACUUACAUACAACUUUUAUCAACC